CAUAUACACAUACAAGCGGCAGCAACAUAGCCACAACCAGCAAGCAAGAGCUUCUCAAAGGAGAUAGUAGAAACUGAGGCAGAGAAAAAGAGAGGAGAGGAGCCAGCAGGCUAGCAAAAGUGAGAGAGUGAUAGGGUGAGAGUCAGGAUGCAGUUCGCCACAGGGGCGAUGAGCUCUCUGCUUCCCAAGCUGGGGGAGCUACUCAAGGAGGAGUACAACCUGCAGAAGCGUUUGAAGAAGGGGAUCAGGGACCUGAAGGAUGAGCUCCUGGUCAUAGAAGUUGCGCUCCUGAAGGUGUCCGACGUGCCACUAGACAAGCUUGAUCCGCUGGUCAAAAUUUGGGCAAACGAUGUCAGGGAGCUGUCCUAUGCCAUCGAGGACAGCCUUGACUCCUUCAUGGUGCGUGUUGAAGGUGUUGAGCCUACCAAGCCACACACCUUCUUCGGGUUCAUCAAGAAGACCUGCAAGAAGGCCACCAAGCUCAAGAUUCGUCGCAAAAUAGCCAACGACAUCAAUGACGUCAAGAUCCAAGUUAAGGAGGUGAAGGAGCGGUAUGACAGAUACAAAGAUGUUAUUGGUAAUACUAAUGCCAAAACAGAAGUCGAUCCACGUCUCUUGGCCAUGUGCAGCAAAGUAUCUGACCUUGUUGGCAUUGAAAAGUCAAUGGAUGAGAUAACAGAGAGGUUGUCUAAGGGCGAUGAUCCGUCCAGUGAAAAGCUCAAGGUUGUCUCUGUUGUUGGAUUUGGAGGAUUGGGCAAGACAACUCUUGCUAAAGCUGUGUAUGACAAGCUUAAAAAGAAUUUUGAUUGUUGGGUUUUUGUUCCGGUGGGUCAAAGUCCAGACACAAAGAAAGUUCUGAGGGAUGUCCUCCUUCAACUUGACAUGGAGCUGUACAAAGCUUCAGCAACAAUGGAUGAAUGGCAGCUGAUAAACCAGCUGCAGACAUUCCUAGUAGGCAAGAGGUACAUUUUUGUUAUGGAUGACAUAUGGGAUAUACGAACAUGGGAAGUGAUUAAAUGUGCUUUCAUGGACAGUCAUCCGGAAAGUAGAUUAAUCAUAACUACUCGUAUUGUUGAUGUUGCCACAAAAGCUGGUGGUAUCUACAACAUGGAAGAACUUUCUAAUGAUAACUCAGAAAUAUUAUUCUAUACAAGAACAUGUGGUGGUGAAGGACUAAAUUCAUCUAACCAACAUGUUGAGGUGACUAACAAAAUUUUGAAGAAAUGUGGCGGUGUGCCAUUAGCUAUUAUUACAAUUGCCAGCUUGCUUGUUGGAAAGCAGAGUGAGGAUUGGUCUAAGGUGUAUGAUGCCAUUGGUUUUGGGCAUGAGGACAGCGAAGUUGUUCAGAACACAAGAAAGAUAUUGUCUUUUAGUUAUUAUGAUCUACCUUCGCAUCUGAAGACGUGUUUAUUGUAUCUAAGUAUGUUCCCUGAAGAUAGCUUUAUUGAAAAAAACUCACUCAUAUGGAAGUGGGUCUCUGAUGGUUUUGUCCCAGAUAGGUCAUUUCAGUUAGGAGAGAGCUACUUCAGCAUGCUAGUAAAUAGAAGCAUGAUCCGGUGGAUAGAUGAUAGUGAUUAUGUGGGUGGCCAAAGUGGUUGUCGUGUUCAUGACAUGGUGCUCGAUCUCAUCCGCACCAUAUCAAAUGAGGUAAACUUUGUCACAGUACAUGAUAUGGAGCAUCACGGCACAUGUUUGGGAGGAAAGUCAACCAACAAGGUUCGUAGAUUAGCAGUUCAUGGAAAAAGUGGGGAACACAACUGUAGCAUUGCAAUGGAGCACGUAAGGUCAUUUAAUGUUGUCGAGUGCAGUGCCAAUAGUAUUCCCCUGCUUUUGAGCUUUAAAGUAUUGCGUGUGCUAGUUAUUGAGGACUGUGUCUUUUCAGAAGGUAGUAGUCUUGAGCAUCUCGGUAAGUUGGUGCAGCUGAGGUACCUGGGGCUAGUGAAGACAGCGGUCAAGAUCCCGGAAGGAAUAGGGCAUGAUCUGAAGUUUCUUGAGAUACUGGAUGUAAGGGGAGGUUUGAUAAGUGAGCUGCCGGCAUCUGUUGGUGAGCUAAUGAAUUUGAGGUGCUUGUGGGCUGAUCAGGGUACAGUGAUGAAGGGUGAGAUAGGGAAACUGAAAUACCUUGAAGAGCUGCAGCUAUAUUCAGUGGAGAAGUGCCCAAACUUCUUCACGGAGGUGGGGAAGCUGACAAACUUAAGGGUACUCAAGAUCUAUUUUGGUGAAAUAGAGGAGUCUGCAGGCAAGUCUCUGAUGGAGUCUCUGUGCAACAUGCAAAAGAUUCAUAAUCUGAUGAUUGUGGAUGAUGAUCGUGGGGCUAAGUAUUCGGUUGUCGUCAAUCAUAGCUUGGAAGACUUUGCACCCUGUACAAAGCUUUUCGAGUUACUUCUGCCUAUCAUAGUUAUACCGAGGGUGCCAUCAUGGAUCAAUCAAUUAACUGUUCCACUCCUUUCUCAUCUAUGUCUGCAUGUGGAUGCGGUAGAAGUUCGGGAUGUUCAAACCAUCGGCAGGUUGCCGUCGCUCCUCGUCCUUUUUCUCUGGAGUACGGAUGAUAAUAACAUAUCAUAUACUUUUGGCAGCAAUGUGUUUCACAAGAUGAGAUGGUUGUGGACGAAGAAGAUAAAGAUCGCUGUUGGAGAAGGAGCACUGCCGAUGCUUGAACGCAUGUUAUACAGUGCAAGCGCUGAAAGAAAGGACGCUGCCAGCUUGGUGCCGUGGGGGAGAAAUAGCUGCCCUUUGCUGAAGUAUGUCAUCUGUUACCUUGACUGCACUAACAGCAGCUACAGGGAAGUAGAGGAAGCGAAGCAGGCGCUGAUGCAGGCUUCCGGCACCCGUCCCAAUGCUGUGUAUCUCGAUCUCGACAUAGAAGAAGAAAACUACGAUGAGGAGGCAGGUAAAUUCAUUGAUAAUCUGGAGUGGAUCCUACGUGGUUUGGACAGACCCGAGGAUAUGGGCCGUCCUCCUGCACACCAGGAAGGAAGGACACGUCGCAUGAUUAGAUCACUCGAGAGAAGAUUACAUGACGCCGCGGAGCCUCGGGUCGGGAGGUACGGCCAACAAGAGAUACGUGGCCUUGUCACCAAAUUCAAGAGUUGGCUACAUGAUCAUGCAGGUACCGACCAGGAUGAGGCGGGCAAUAGUGACGACGAUGAUGAUGAAGAUUAUUAUUACGACGACGAUGACGGUACCGACCAAGCAGAGUGGGGACGAGGAGGAGGAGGGGGGCAGCCAACCUUGAAUCUCUUCCUUCGGUCAUGCCUCUGUCUCUCUUUUUUUCCCACUUAUAUCCACAUGUGCCCAUUAUUUAUAUUGGCAUCAGGCGGAUGCCACUUAACUAAUUACUCUUCUCAUUUUGUAUUUUAGCAAUUUAAUACCAGUAAAUUUUCUAAGCAACACCCCAAUGUAAUUUCGAUGUUUGUAAGCAAUUUUUUUGGAGAUUCCAAAUUAGCAGAUUACGAAAUACAUAGCAACCCAUCUGUACAGUUUCACCUUUUUAAUUAGGAAUCCACCCAAAAACUUUUUGCUUACAGGAUGGUGGCCAUCUCGAAGGCUUCUAUGGACUUACUGUCGCCACUUGGAAGGCGCCACUUAUUUCGUCCAUGGGUGCAAAGAAAAACACAAAAGAAAAUAGGUUUCUCCUUCAGCAUUAGACUGGGUGGUAGAAAAACAAGAAAAAAACGAAAACUUGAAAA